UGAUCAGUAAUUGCCCCUUCACUUAUUUAUUGAACAUAAGUAUAACUAUUUUUAUAGACUCAUGGCAAUCAUGUUUUUAUCUUUUCACAACCGUGUCUCAGAUGGAAUGCAGACUAUAGAUGCUCUUCUUACUUGUAAGGUUAACAGAAAAAGACAAGCAAAUACAUUUACAAAGAAAUCUAGACCUAUAUCUGAACAAGGAACAUGGCCUAUUUGUGAUGAUGAUUUCGCAUUUUAUGAGCUCAUGAAAAACAUCCCAUUUCCAGUUUCCUAUUAUACCCUUACCACAAAGGAAUUAGAAGAUAAUGGAUACAUCCAUGAUCAAUCAGAUCUCUCAACUCUUCCUGCAACAUCUGGAAAACCCACCCAUGAAAGAGUGGGACUUAUGGAAAAAGAAGUGUUCUCUCACUUUGGACAAAGUUUCUUGCCCCAUUUUAGUUAUGCAGAAAAAAAAAGAUACUGUUUUUUAACAAUCAUCUAUCUAGUUUUGGGACUCAUGGAUUUUUGGAACUUUUGA